CCUGACCGCAAAAUGGCGAUAUCAUUUGUUGGUCCAUGAAAUCCAAACAGGGGAGGCAAACUUGGGCGAACACUUUUAUGAAUGACAUUAAUUAAAUAAAUUUAGGCAAACAUUGCAUUUACUUUGUGCACUAGGUUUCGUAAAUUACAUCAUCUCUAGUAUAAGUAAUCAUUCGAUAUGUCGGAUGACGAAGACUUAGUUUACGUCAAAAAGCAAAAGACCGUGCAUUAUGGAUCAUUGGAAGAAGCAGAACGUGCAAGGUUGGCUGCAGCAGCAGAAUCUUCUGAAGAGGAGAAAGAUUCUACAAAUUUGGGGGAUAGUCUCAAUGCUGCUGCCACUUUGGGAAAUGUACACAUAUCCAAUGAGUAUAUGGAACUUGAAGAUGAGAUGUCCAAGGACAGGCAAGCUCUCUUAGAGGAGUUUGAACGCAGAAAGAAAGCUCGUCAAAUUAAUGUAUCUACAGAUGAUUCAGAAGUAAAGAAAAAUUUGAGACAAUUAGGGGAACCUAUUUGUCUGUUUGGUGAAGGACCUGCAGACAGACGAACAAGAUUAAGAGAGUUAUUAGCUAGUCUAGGGGAAGAUGCAAUUAAAAAGAAGCACGAAGAAGACGAGAAACCUUCUCAUGCUGUUGAAAGGGAUACAGAAGCAACAUGGUAUCACGAGGGACCAGAAUCGCUACAGAUAGCCCGUUCUUGGAUUGCUACAUAUUCAUUACCUAGGGCAAAGGCUAGAUUGGAUAAAGCAAGACAGGAUUUGGAGUUACCAACGGCUACGCGUACAGCACGUCGUCAAGAACUUUUGAAAAAAUUGCAAGCGCUAACGAUUUAUUGUUCUCAAAUUGGGGAUACCAGACCAAUUUCCUUCUGUCAAUUCAGUCCAAACUCCAAGCUGUUCGCGACAGCUUCAUGGUCAGGCUUGUGUAAAAUAUGGUCUGUACCCGACUGUACUUUGUUGCGAACACUUAAAGGGCAUACUUGUAAUGUUGGCUGCAUUGUUUUUCAUCCAAAAGCUACUAUUACCGAGGAGGUGAUAGGGGAGAAAGCAGGACAGACUUGCGUAUUGGCGUCCUGUGCUGCGGACGGAACGGUAAAAUUGUGGAGCGGAGGAUCAGGUGAGGAACCACUCGCCGAAGUUGAAGGUCACGAGCCGCACAGAGUUUCAAGGUUGGCAUUCCAUCCAUCCGGUCGAUUCCUUGGAACGUGCUGUUACGAUGCGUCUUGGAGGCUUUGGGACUUGGAACAGCAAGCAGAAGUUCUUCAUCAAGAGGGUCAUGCGAGGGCUGUGCAUUGUAUUAGCUUUCAGUGCGACGGUAGUGUAAGUGCUACAGGCGGCCACGACUCCUUUGGCAGAGUGUGGGAUCUUCGUACAGGAAGAUGUAUUAUGUUUAUGGAAGGUCAUUUAAAGUCUAUUUUUGGAAUUGAUUUCUCUCCUAACGGAUUCCAUAUAGCCACAGCGAGCGAGGACAACACUUGCAAGAUAUGGGACUUGCGAAAAAGAUCAUGCGUAUACACGAUACCUGCGCACACGAAUUUAUUGUCCGACGUGAAGUAUCAAAGGUUAGAGGGGCAGUACCUGGUCACGGCAUCGUACGAUAGUACUGCUAAAAUCUGGUCGAACAAAACUUGGCAACCUCUGAAGACGCUACCCGGUCACGACGGCAAGGUCAUGUGUGUUGAUAUUUCUCCCGACCAUAAAUUUAUCGGGACUAGUUCUUACGACAGAACUUUCAAACUGUGGGCUCCCGAAAACAUGUGAAAUGACUCAAAUAAAGCGUGGUGCAUGAUUCGAGGAACUUAUCGAGUUCACCACUUGACAACGCUAUUUCCGUGACUACAAGUGAUAACUAUACGUUCAUUUUGUAACAUAGAAAGAAUGAAUUGAGAUAUAUCCUUUACUACCUGUCCCUUUUUAUGUUUUAAUACAUGACAUAACAACAUCUAUUAUAUUAUUAUUCCUUUUGAUUUAUCGGCUAACUUUAGUUUUCGAAUGUCUGGAAUACUAUCGUGCUUCCGAUAAGAAAUAUUUGGUACUGAUAACGUAGACAGAGAUUUGUGGACUGCUGAACGCUACUAUUUGUGGGAAUUCCGUCACGUGUUUCAUACAAUCGUUAAAAUUGGACUCUGUACUCCGUCGACUCCAAGCUCCACCAUUCGAGUGUAAUUCCAUGUCAUUUUCGAUAAAUCUGAUUGCAAAUAAUUGCAUAUACGAUACAUGGUUAAAGGUAGAUACUAGUAUUUACUCGAUCUGAGCGUGUCGUAUAGCCCUCGAAUGAUCAUAAAAUAAGCAGAAGUUUCCGAGUUGACGGUUCAACGGCGAAUACCGAAAGGAAUCGGACGGCUUAACUUCCAGAACAAUCGGAGUAAUUACGAAGAGGAGAGCCCCUCUCGUGCCUUCACUUUAUUAUCAAACUUCUUAGAAACUUUCAAGACAACCAGGU